AUGGAACGUCUGGAGCCUCCGUACGCCGGCAUCGUAGUCGAGCUUCGAGAUAUUGUUUUCCAUUCUUCCCCUGAAAAUUUCGGUCUCCCCCCUAAUACCUUCAAGUCGAUUUUGCACUGUGGAGCCACUGCCGACUACCAGUGUGGCCGGCUGACUCGGCCAGCCUACUAUGCGCGGCUGGCAACCGACUUCGAGCUCUCCGAGGACGAUAUUCGCGAGGCGUUCUCAAUUCUUCAAAGUACUGUCCACGUGCGAGACUCGGUUCUCCAGAGUCUGCGAGCUAUCAAGGAUGCGUGGCAUGGAAAGGUCAAGAUAUUUGCUCUGACAAAUAUGUCUGACGAAGACUAUCAGUACGCCCGACAGCUCCUAUCAGACUGGUCUAUAUUUGACAGAGUCUUCCUAUCCGCGGAGAUGGGCAUGCGCAAGCCGGAGCAGCGGACCUUCUUCCAUGUUUUUAGCAACAUCAACAUUUCUCCAGAGAGGCUCGUGUUUGCAGAUGGUGACACUGACUCUGUCCUGGUGGCCAUGUCACUGGGAGCAAGAGGAGCCCUUUGUGACAGCACUUCCAUUGGGCAGAGUCUGUCAAAUCUCUUUGGCGAUCCCAUCUGCAGAGGAAAACAAUUUCUACAGAAUCGAGCCGGUCGAUUGGACUCGGUCACUCAUUCGGGGAUUGUCCUGAAGGAGAACUUUGCGCAGCUUCUUAUUCUAGAGGCUUCCAGUGAUAGAGAUCUCAUAUACUUGGAUCCUCACAAGACAACGUGGAACUACUUCAUCGGAACACCACUACUCACUCAGACCAAGUUUCCAGACGAUGCAGACACGACCUCCCUUGCCCUAACCAUCCUGGGCGCGGACCCGGCAGUCCCCAAUGGUGUGAUGGACGAGAUCUUGCGUUUCCGCAGCCAGGAUGGCAUUGUGCAGACAUUUUUCACGGAUUUCAAAAACAGGGUGGACCCGGUCGUCUGCUGCAAUGUCCUAAGCCUCUUCUUCGACUACGGUCGGGGAGACGAAGUCAAGGAAACGCUGCUCUGGGUACGCCAGGUCCUUCUCCAGCGAGCCUACCUAAACGGCACAGCAUUCUACCCCAUGCCCGAAGCAUUCUUGUUUUUCUUUGAGCGUCUGACGCAGCGUCUCGCCCAUAUACCGCGUCUCCACGCCAAGCUGCGGGAUCUCCUUCGCCAGCGGGUGAGGGAACGGAUUGGCAUCCCCGUGGACUCGAUCAGCCUCGCGAUGCGCCUGAUAACAUGCCAGGCUGUCGGAAUUCACGACCACAAUGGCCUGGCGCUCUUGCGAUCGAAACAGCUCGAGGACGGUGGCUGGGAACUCGGCACCGUUUACCAUUACGCUUCCAAGAAACUACGCAUCGGGAACCGAGGACUCUCGACCGCGUUGGCCAUUCGCGCAUUUGAGGGAUUUCAAGACUGUGACCAUACAGGCCUUAGGCCCUACCAGUAG